GCGCCGCAGCCCCGCAGCCCGGCCGCCGCAGGGCCGGCGGGGAGCGAGCGGUAGCCGGCGGCAUGAGGCGCGACCCGGCGCCCGGCUUCUCCAUGCUGCUCUUCGGCGUUUCCCUCGCCUGCUACUCGCCCAGCCUCAAGUCGGUGCAGGACCAGGCGUACACGGCGGCGGUGGUGCUGGAGGGCAAGGUGCAGUCCGUGGGCCCCCCCGCCGGCGGCGGCAAUGACAGCCGCGGAGCCGCCGGUGCUGCCGGGGGGGUUUUGGUCAAGGUUCUCGACCUGUGGCCCCUCAACAGCGGCGGGCUGCAGCGGGAGCAGCUCAUCAGCGUGGGCUCCAAGGCUCCCUGCUUCAAAGUGAAGCGCAACCACCGCUACAUCUUCUUCCUGGAGCCCACCGAGGAGCCGCUCGUUUUCCGCACCGCCUUCGCCCCGCUCGACACCAGCGGCAAGAACCUCAAGCGGGACGUGGCGCGGAUCCUCUGCGCCGACUGCGCUGUCCCUCCCAAGCUGAAGAAACUGAAAAGCCCAAACGUUCACGUUGGUGAGAAGAUUUCACUGAAAUGCGAGGCGACUGCUGGAAACCCUCAGCCAUCCUACAAGUGGUUUAAAGAUGGCAAAGAGCUGAAGAAGAGCAAAGACAUCCGGAUCAAGUAUGGGAAUGGGAAAAAGAUUUCCAGACUGCAGUUCAACAAGGUGAAGCUGGAAGAUGCUGGGGAAUACAGCUGUGAAGCGGAGAACGUUUUAGGGAAAGACACCGCAAAAGGCAGCCUGAAUGUGAAAAGUGGAACAACGAAAGCACCACAAGUCUUACCAGCCUCAGAAACUAAAAUAGUUGUUAUGGAAGAAGAGUUAACCACAACUCUCUCGUCCUGGUCCGGGCAUGCUAGAAAAUGCAACGAAACAGCCAAGUCCUAUUGUGUCAAUGGUGGGGUAUGCUACUACAUCGAGGGGAUUAAUCAGCUGUCUUGCAAGUGUCCGAUCGAAUUCACAGGAGACCGGUGUCAGCAUUUCGCAAUGGUCAGCUUCUCCAAGCAUCUUGGAUUUGAAUUAAAGGAAGCGGAAGAGCUCUACCAGAAGAGAGUUUUAACCAUCACAGGAAUCUGCGUUGCCUUGCUUGUGGUGGGCAUCGUCUGUGUGGUAGCUUACUGUAAAACCAAGAAACAAAGAAAACAAAUGCAUAAUCAUUUACGUCAGAACAUGUGCCCUGCCCAUCAGAACAGGAGCCUUGCGAACGGGCCAAGCCAUCCACGUUUGGAUCCCGAGGAAAUCCAAAUGGCCGAUUAUAUCUCUAAGAAUGUUUCUGCCACUGAGCAUGUGAUCCGAAGGGAAACAGAGACAACCUUUUCAGGAAGUCACUCCUGCUCUCCAUCUCAUCACUGCUCCACAGCCACUCCAACGUCCAGCCAGAGACAUGAAAGCCACACCUGGAGCUUGGAGCGGACGGAGAGUCUGACUUCAGAUUCCCAGUCCGGGAUAAUGCUGUCCUCGGUGGGAACCAGUAAAUGUAACAGCCCUGCGUGUGUGGAGGCACGGGCUCGCCGCGGGGCCACCUUCUGCAUCGAGGACUCACGGAGGCCCAUGACACAGUACCGUGACUCGGUGGAUUCUCUGCGGGACUCACCACACAGCGAGAGGUACGUGUCAGCGCUGACCACACCAGCACGCCUGUCGCCUGUCGACUUCCACUACUCAAUGGCCGCGCAGGUGCCCACCUUCGAGAUCACGUCCCCCAACUCAGCGCACGCGGUGUCCCUGCCCCCGGCGGCCCCCAUCAGCUUCCGCGUGGAGGAGCAGCAGCCCCUGCUGCGGCGGUACCAGCUCCCCUUCCAGGACACGCAGCGGUACGACAGCUACUACCAAAGGAAGACCUACCUAAACGACAGCAUGGGGAGCCUGCCCUCCAGCCCCUUCCGCAUCACGGAGGACGACGAGUAUGAGACGACGCAGGAGUAUGUCACAGCGCUAGAGCAGCCAAAGAAAACAGCCAGCAGCAACAGGCGGUGGAAAAAAUCCAAACUGAAUGGGCACAUCCCUCACAGAGCCAGAGCCGUCCGGGACUCCUUCUCCUUCAGCAGCGCCUCUUACAGUGAGUCUGACGAGGAGCUGGUGGCCGAGAGCACGCCGUUCCUAAGCACUCAGAACAAUGAGGUGGUGCACACAGGGUCGCCGCCGCUGCACCGGCCGGGUGACAGCCGGACUCACUACUCCUGCAGCAGGCACAGCGCGCCUGGGGAGAGCGGGCGCAGCAGCCUGGCGCACACGACGCCCAAACCCGACCCGGAUCCUCUCUAGGCACCUCCCAGACUUGUGCGCCCACAGACACGAGCUGUGCGGAGGAGGCCGAGGAGGGAUGAGACAAAACAAAGAUAAAUAUUUUUAUUUUAUAUAAAAGAAGGGAGGGGGGGGAGGAAAUUAUAACAAAUAAAAUGUUUUAUUUUCAUUUUAGCAAAGUUGUCUUAUAAUAGCUAACGACAAUGACUUUUUUAUAAGGAAUCUCUAUUUAUAUGUAAUGUCUUGAUUUACAGCUUCCAAGAAAAAAAAAAAAAGUUGAAAAAAAAAAAAAAGAAAACAAACAAUAAAGUUAAAAAAAAAGUGGGCCAAUUUUUGACUACUUAAAAAAUAGAAAAACAAAACUAUCGUGGUGCCUUUUUGCUGUACGCUAGUGCUGGGAUUCAUGCCGAGGAGUCUGUUUCAGUAGCAUUUUUUAAGAUCAUAUAUUUUUGUUUGGGAGACAACCUGUCACAAGGGCGCUCCUCCGUUGGAAGAAAACAGCCUUGCCACUUUGUCCCGUACCCUGCUAUUAAUGAUCUUAUUCUUUAAGGUAUUGUUUAAACACACGUCAUGGACAGGAGUGGGAUCAUUACCAUUAUCAUGUCUAAUGGGGAUCUGUCUUGCCCUGUAAGACGCUCGUGUUUUCGCUUAAAUCAGAAGAAAAAAGAAAUCCAACAGCACCAUACUGGAAUGGAGAAGUGAUGCUUCUUUUGCCACACAGGUAGGAAGAGAAAACACAGUCGCAGAAGCAGCAGCCUUUACAGAAUAGCUCUCAACCUUUGGCCAUUUCACCCGUGGGUCUCAAGUUGGGUUGGCACAGGUUUGUCAGACAAGGCAGAUGCCCAUAUGAACAUGGUGAGAUAAUGCCCCAUCACACAGGGUAGAGCCCAGCGCACUGCCCUGGCAGGCAGAUGGCACGGUGUGGUGGUCCCGACAGAGCUGCGGUGCUGUACCAGUGCCAUGCCAACUGCAGCAUCCCCUUCACAGAGCAGUGUAGCUGCAGCGUGGUGUUGCCAUAGGGCUGCCGGGGCUGUGGUGUCCCACACACCAUGGUUCAGGUGGUUGUGGGAGGAAGCAUGGAGGUGGCCCCAAGGCACAGCACGGCCAAGGCUUGUCCUGGUCGCUGUGCCAGCCGUCUGCCAGCCAUGCUGUCUGGGGUUUGGUAGGUGCCAAAGCUCUGCUUGUCACUCCUGUGCUGGCUGGACAGGCCCCGCGUGGGGCAGCCCCAGCAAGCGGAUUCCUCUGUGCCAUGUGUUGUAAAAACAGUUGUUACCGUCACAUCUUGCCACCAGUGAUGGACAUCGUGUUUCCAAGCUUGGAGCAGCUCUGGCCAUCAGCUCUGUGGUGCAAAGAGACAGUCCUGCGUGUCCAGGCAGCAGAGCACCCCCGUGGAAGUGCCCCUCUCUCCUCAGUUCUCUGCAGCAAACCUGUUUACAUUGUAGCCUGACUUUUUUCUUUUUAUAUUUUUACUUCUGCAUGUCCUUUGCAUUUCAGAUACUGUAGAUUGGAUGCAUGGUGAAGCUGUGACUGAGAAGAUAAUACAACAAUUGACAGUGUAUUAUUUCAUUUAACUUUUAGCAAUAAAGUAACUAAACCCUCUAUUCCUCACCCAUGAUGGGGUCAGAUAGAAAACUCUGCUAAUUUGUCAUAAGAUGAUAGUCAAAGUUUGCUCUGGAUUGUCUGAAUGUCAGAAUUCUCGACUGUUUAACACUUGAACAUUUUUUAUAUUAUAAAUAAAAUAAGAAAUAACAA